GCAUGGGGGCGUGAAUCAUCCGCCGCCGGGAUGGAUAGGGCACCGAGAUGGGGGCAUCAACAGGAUGACGGCCGCCCUGCCCUCUUCGCAAGACUGUCCAGCCCUAUCCUCUCCGUGCCGCUGCAUUGCGCUGCGAGGAGCUGCUGCAGCACACCAAUAGUGAGGCUUGGACGUUCUGGUGGAGAAGGGGCACUGGCGCGGAUGGGUGGGCAUGGUGAAUGGAAAUCUCUACCGGUAGUAUGGCCGCCUCUUGAACCGGAGGAAAAGGCCGGGGAGGGUGGCAGACGGUUCCUCUUCCUCGUGCUUGCGACCAAGAAGGUGGAGGUGGAGGAGGUCGGGUCACAGGCGAUAUGGCAUGGCGGCGCCGCCUGGAACGCAAGUGGUGGUGGUGCCGGCGCCUGCGUCUGGAUCUCGGGCGCGGGGGCGGAGGAGGCUAGGGCGCGAGCGGCUGCAACGCUUGGAGUUGGAGCGCGGCGGCGGUGGAGGCAGAGGUGCAAGCAUCGUGAGGAAGCGGAGGAGGGGCCGUGGAGGCAGGGGCACGAGCCGGAGGACGAGAUGGGGUGCUCGCGCUCCUCUGGCAGUCCUCACGUGGGAUGGGGGAGUCGCGACGGGGCGGCGGCACCGCGGGAAUCGCCGGGAGGGAGGAGUUGCGGCGCGCGCUCGGGGGACGGAUGAUCCAUGGCGGGGAGGCCAAGGUGGACGGCAGUAACGCGGCGGGCAGCGGGAGUCGCGGAAUCACGAGGAAAGGGGGAUUUGC